UGAUCUUAGCCAAAAGGCCGAGAAGUGAACCUACUUCUCUUUUUCACCCUUUCUGGCUUGGGUGACUUCCUUGAGGUGGUUCCUUGGUUUCUGUUACCCACAGCUUAUGCUUCUCUCAGGUUCCUGCUCCUUUCGGCCAUGACCUGUGGAGUUCUUCUGGUGACAGCCUUGGCCUUAUGUCAUGGGUUCAACCUGGACACUGAGAAUCCAGUCACCUUCCAAGAGAAUGCAAGAGGCUUCGGGCAGACUGUGGUCCAGCUUGAGGGAUCCCGGGUGGUGGUUGGAGCCCCGCAGGAGGUCAAGGCUGCCAACCAGACAGGGGGCCUCUACCAGUGUGACUACAGCACAGGCCGGUGUGAGCCUGUCUCACUGCAGGUGCCCCUGGAGGCUGUGAAUAUGUCCCUGGGCCUGUCCCUGGCCGCUGCCACCAACCCCACCCGGCUGCUGGCCUGCGGCCCCACCGUGCACCAGACUUGCAAGGAGAACACAUACGUCAGUGGCCUAUGCUUCCUGUUUGAUUCCAACCUGAGGCGGCAGCCUCAGCGUGUCCCAGAGCCCCUCAGAGGGUGUCCUCAGCAGGAGAGUGACAUUGCCUUCCUGAUUGAUGGCUCCGGUAGCAUCCAUGCACUUGACUUUCAGAAGAUGAAGGAGUUUGUCUCAACUGUGAUGGACCAAUUCGAAAAGUCUAAAACCUUGUUCUCUUUGAUGCAGUACUCAGAUCAGUUCCGGACUCAUUUCACCUUCAGUGAUUUCAAGAAAAACCCUAACCCAAGAUCUCUGGUAAACCCAGUAAGACAGCUGUAUGGGCUGACACACACUGCCACAGGCAUCCGCAAAGUAAUAAGAGAACUGUUCCAGCGUGCCAGUGGAGCCCGGGAGAAUGCUGUAAAGAUCCUAGUUGUCAUCACAGAUGGACAGAAAUAUGAAGAUCCUUUGACGUAUGAGGAAGUCACCCCAGAGGCAGACAGACAGGGCAUCCUUCGCUAUGUCAUUGGGGUGGGAGAUGCCUUCAGCAGUAACAAGAACCGCCAAGAACUUAACAGCAUUGCAUCUGCACCCCCUCAUGACCAUGUGUUCAGGGUGAAUAACUUUGAAGCUCUGAAGACCAUUCAGAAUCAGCUUCAGGAAAAGAUCUUUGCCAUUGAGGGUACUCAGACCGGAAGCACCAGCUCCUUUGAGCACGAGAUGUCUCAGGAGGGCUUCAGUGCAGCCCUUACCUCUAGUGGCCCCCUGCUGGGCUCUGUGGGCAGCUUUGGCUGGGCUGGGGGAGCCUUUCUGCAUGCGUCAAAGGGAAAGGUCACCUUCAUCAACACAACCAGAGUGAAUUCAGACAUGAGUGAUGCUUACCUGGGUUAUGCUGCUGCGGUCAUCGUGAGGAGCCAGGUGCAAAGCCUGGCUCUGGGGGCGCCUCGGUAUCAGCACACUGGCCUGGUGGUGCUGUUCAGACAGAACGCUGGUGCCUGGGAGACCAUGGCCAACAUCUGGGGCAGCCAGAUCGGCUCCUACUUUGGGGCCUCCCUCUGUUCCGUGGACAUGAACAAUGAUGGCAGCACUGACCUGGUCCUCAUUGGGGCCCCCCAUUACUACGAGUCCACACAAGGGGGCCAGGUGUCUGUGUGUCCUCUGCCCAAAGGGCAGAGGGCUCGGUGGCGAUGUGAUACCCUUCUCCGUGGGGAGCAGGGCCAUCCCUGGGGCCGCUUUGGGGCAGCCCUGACAGUGCUGGGGGACGUGAAUGGGGACAAGCUGACAGACGUGGCCAUCGGGGCCCCAGGAGAGCAGGAGAACCAGGGUGCGGUCUACCUGUUUCAUGGGGUGUCAGUAGUCAGCAUCAGCGCCUCACACAGCCAGCGCAUCGCAGGCGCCCAGCUCUCCCCGAGGCUGCAGUAUUUCGGGCAGUCCCUGAGUGGGGGCCAGGACCUCACAAUGGACGGACUGACAGAUCUGGCUGUGGGGGCCCAGGGACACUUACUUCUGCUCAGGUCCCAGCCAUUGCUGAGAGUGGAAGCAACCAUGGAUUUCACACCCAGCGAAGUGGCAAGGAAUGUGUUUGAGUGUCAGGAGCAGGCAGUGGGAAACAAGAUUGCUGGGAUGGUCAGAGUCUGCCUCCGUGUCCGAAAGAGCACGCGGGAUCGGCUAAGAGAAGGAGAUGUGCAGGCUGUCAUGUCUUAUGCCCUGGGCCUGGACUCUGGCCGCUCACAUCCCCGUGCCAUCUUUGACGAGACCAAGAACAGUGCACACAGACAGAGGCAGACCUUGGGGCUGACAAGGAAGUGUGAGACCCUGACACUGCUGUUACCGAAAUGUGUGAAGGACUCAGUGAGCCCCAUUGUCCUGCGCCUCAACUACACUCUGGUGGGGACACCCGUGCCCUCUUUUGGGAACCUUCGCCCCAUUCUGGCUGAAGAUGCCCAGAAGUUUUUCACAGCCUUGUUUCCCUUUGAAAAGAAUUGUGGCAAUGACAGCAUUUGCCAGGAUGACCUCAGCGUCACCUUCAGUUUCAGGAACCUGCAUACCUUGGUGGUGGGCGACCCCAGGGGACUCAGUGUGACGCUGACUGUGAGGAACCAGGGCGAGGACUCCUACAGGACGCAGGUCGCCCUCUACCACCCACUGGGCGUGUCCUACCGGAAAGCGUCAGUGGUCCAGAACCGGCGCUCACAGCAAUCCUGGGACGUGUCCUGUUUGUCCGGCUCCUCCACCGAAGGACCUGGGGCUUUGAAGAGCACCAGCUGCAGCAUAAACCAUCCCAUCUUUCCAGACAACUCCGAGGUCACCUUUGAUGUCACAUUUGAUGUGGAGUUUGGUGCUUCCCUUGGAAACAAACUACUCCUCAAGGCUAAUGUGACCAGUGAGAACAACACACCCAGGACUAACAAGACUGAAUUCCAGCUGGAGCUGCCUGUGAAAUACGCUGUCUUCUUGAUAGUCUCCAGUGGUGAGGCCUCGACCAAAUACCUCAGCUUCACAGCCUCGGAGAAGGCCAGUCAGGCUAUGGAGCACCAGUAUCAGUUCAGCAACCUGGGCAAGAGGAGCCUCCCCGUCAGCGUGGUCUUCUGGGUGCCCGUGAUGCUGGACAACGAGGCCGUUUGGGACCAGCCCCAGGUCACCUUCUCCCCUAACCUCUCGAGUGCCUGCAAUGCCGAGGAAAGAUCACCUCCUCUCUCUGACUUCCUGGCUAAGUUGAAGAAGACCCACGUGCUGAACUGCUCCAUUGCUGUCUGCCGGAGAAUCAAGUGUGAUGUCCCGUACCUCAGUGUUGGAGAAGAAUUCAAUGCCACUCUCCGUGGCAACCUCUCAUUCGGCUGGUACAGCAAGACCUCGAGGAGCCGCCUCCUGGUUGUGAGCACAGCAGAGAUCUUGUUUAACGACUCUACGUUUGCCGUGCUCCCGGGCCAGGGGAUGUUUGUGAGGUCCCAGACGGAGACCAAGGUGGAGCUACAUGACGUUCCCAGCCCUGUCCCGCUCAUUGUGGGCAGCUCCAUCGGAGGGCUGGUGCUCCUGGCCCUCAUUACUGCCGCGCUGUACAAGCUUGGCUUCUUCAAACGGCAAUACAAGGACAUGAUAAGCGAAGCUGGUCCGCAGGUGGCUCCAGCCCAGUAACAACCCUUCUCCUCAGAGUGGCCUUGACAGCGAGCAGGACUUCAGUCAGAGCAACGAGCGGGUCCCUGGGCUGUUGGGCAGACGUGUCUCGCAGGAGGGCGCGCAGGAAAGGCCUGCCUGAGUUUCCGUGUGUGUGUGGCUCCGUGUGUGACUCUGGUGUCCCUUGCAUAUGGGCAAAGUGCCUUAGCACAAUCUCUUGGACCCCUGUGUGUGUGUGUGUGUGCGGGGGGCGAAGAUGCUGCCGGGCUUUCGCCGGGAGAGGCGAGGGUGCCCUUCCAGGUGAGCAGGAAGGAGACAGAAGCACCCUCUCCGACCGGAAGCGCCGUCUCCGCGGAGGAAGUGAGGCCGCCGCAGGCGCAGGCGCAGUGCGCAGCCUGCGGAGCCUGUGCGCCAGGGAGGGGGGGACCUGGAGAGGCGGAGCCUGUGGAAACCCAGCCCACCCCAGAGGCUGUUGGCCGGUGAAGAUCCCAAGGAGGAAUCGCGACCCUCCCGUCCCUAGUCAUCUUUUACUUUUAUAAACCUGUCCAUUGUGCAAAAACCAAAAGACAUUCAGGGUGUAUGGCGAAAAGUCUCUUCCCAGCUCUCAAAAUACCCUCUGUAAGGGCAGUCAAGCUGUGUGUUUUUGGGUCUCCUUCGCACACAUAUACACAGAGACUUUUUUUUUAACACAAUGAUAGCAUACUUUAUAGUGUCCCGAAUCUUGCUUUUUUCAUUAGUACUGCACAGAACUUUUCAUGUCAGGACACAAAUUACUUUUUCUCUUUUACACAGGUGUAUAGUAUUCUAGUGCACGAGUGUGUCAUUAUAUAUUUAGCCAGUCUUCUUUGGAUAUAUUAUUUUCAACCUCUUGCUGUUAAAACAAUGCUAAAUAAAUAAAUUGGAUAUAUGUUGGCUUUGCA